AAUAUAAAAAGGUGCUCCAGUUUUAUUCCGUACUGAUCUAGUACUCAUAGUUCCAAUAAUGGCCGUGGCUCAGUUCAGUUUAAUUGUUUUAGCAGUGAUUACAUUAUGUUGCGCAUUCAAGCUAUCAACAUUCGAUAUAAGCCCCGAGCCAAUCCCCAUCCUGGGACACUGGUGGGGGUCGGAAGCCGUUAACGAUAACAAUAAGAUCGUGGGCGGUCAGGAGGCGUGGAUCGAGGACCAUCCGUACCAGGUCUCCUUCAUCGUGAACAACAGCUACUUCUGUGGAGGGUUCAUUGUCAGCGAGAACUAUAUACUCACGGCUGCUCAUUGUGCCCAAGAUGUGGACCCAACCACAGUUGUCCUUCGAGCAGGGAGCGCCUCCCGGAAAAAUGGCACUAUAAUCCCCAUAGCCGAAGUCACCCACCCAGAAUACGAUGAUCCCCCUUUCGAUAAGGACGUGGCGGUCAUGAAGACCGUGGACCCCAUCACCUUCUCUGAAACCAUGGAGCCGAUACCUCUUCCGAAGGUUGGGAGACCUAUGAGGGGAGGGACUAAGAUCAUGGUCAGCGGCUGGGGGAGGACCAAGCAAGGUGCGUCUUCCAUUCCUGAGAGGUUGAUGGACGUCGAGAUCCCCGUGGUGUACUUCGCAGCCUGUCUUGCGUCAUACCCGGGGAUCCUAACAAAGAACAUGUGGUGCGGCGGCAAUUUCUUCUUAGGCGGCCAGGGAACUUGUCAGGGCGAUUCCGGGGGUGCCGCGAUCCAGGACGGGAUGGCAGUGGGGAUCGUGUCGUUCGGCCGCGGCUGCGCACAGCCACUUUCUCCUAGUGUAUUCGCAGACAUCGCCGCGCCUACCAUAAGGAACUUCAUACAGCAACACACGGGCCUUUGAAUUGUUUACACUGAGGGCCACCCCAAUACUCCUAAUGUCAACUAUUCCCUACACUAGCGUCUCCUGAGUGGCGGUGUGUGCUCAACGCUAUUCAAAAUGGCGUUGUUGUGCGGUUGCACUAACGUCGCAUUGAGGUGCAGCCAUACCUCUUGAUCAACAUGUUCAACUCUUGAAUUUCGAUUUCACGUCAAAUCAACACUUUAUUUGAUCGCAUGCUGAUUCUUUCAAGUCUUGAUGCGAUCAACUGCUAAUUUGAUACAACCAAAGCUCUUGGUUUGGUUGUCACUUAUGAUCAAACUGAGGAUUACUAAUUUAAAAUGUUGAUAAGUGAUUGUAACAAUUCUACAAAUUAUGCUUUUUCCUCCACUUUUUCAGAAGGUUACACGAUAUUAUUGUAGUUUUUUGGUUCAGUUGACUUCAUGUGGUCACUCGCGAAAUACUAGUGUAGGUUGACUCUGAAUUGUUUUGUGACCAACCACCACCAUAUUGCUUAUAACCAGUAAUUAUGUACCUAUGUAAUAGAAUAAAGAAUAAUUUAAUCCUG